GGCCAGCAGGUUCCUGGGAGCCAGCUGCCACUGAGCAAAGAUAGAAUGUCAGCGGCAGCGGGAAGGGACGAGCCUCUGCUCCUCCCCCUGCACCCCGGCCCUUCCUGCAGGUGGCAGUUCUGUGGGCCACCUGGGAGCUGAGGCAGUGGCUGCCCCUCCCCAAGCCUGGUACAGCCUCCAGAUAGCAGCCCUGCCCCACCCCCAGUGGGGCUGCCACUGGGGCCACGUGGCCACGCAAAUGACCAGCCAGGCUUCCCUGGAGGCGGGCCUCCCAGGGCUGGGCUGGAGCUUCCUGCCUGAGAGAUGACUAAUGCCUCAGGGCUCCUGGGAACAACCCACAGCCCCCUGGUGUCAGUAACCUGGCUACAGCCCAGCCCCCAGCCCGCCAUGCCCACCGUGCCCUCCGCGUCCUCGGUGCCCACCGGGCCGCAGAUGGACCCCGUGGGGAACAGCUCCCAGGGCACCUCCCGGCUCUUCCUCACCACCGCGUUGGCCCGCGGCAUCUCAGGGGUCUUCGUGUGGACUGCCCUGGUGCUGACCUGCCACCAGAUCUACCUGCACCUGCGCUCCUACACGGUCCCCAGUGAGCAGCGUUACAUCAUCCGCCUGCUCUUCAUCGUGCCCGUCUACGCCUUCGACUCCUGGCUCAGCCUCCUCCUCCUGGGGGGCCACCAGUACUAUGUCUACUUCGACUCCGUGCGCGACUGCUACGAAGCCUUCGUCAUCUACAGCUUCCUGAGCCUGUGCUUCCAGUACCUGGGGGGCGAGAGCGCCAUCAUGGCCGAGAUUCGGGGAAAGCCCAUCCGGUCCAGCUGUGUCUACGGCACCUGCUGCCUGCAGGGCAUGUCCUACUCCAUCGGCUUCCUGCGCUUCUGCAAGCAGGCCACACUGCAGUUCUGCAUCGUGAAGCCCAUCAUGGCUUUGGUCACCAUCGUCCUGCAGGCAUUCGGCAAAUACCAUGACGGGGACUUCAACAUCCACAGUGGCUACCUCUACCUCACCCUCAUCUACAACGUCUCCGUCAGCCUGGCCCUCUACGCCCUGUUCCUUUUCUACUUCGCCACCAGGGAGCUCCUGCAGCCCUUCGAGCCCGUCCUCAAGUUCUUCACCAUCAAGGCCGUCAUCUUCCUCUCUUUCUGGCAGGGGAUGCUGCUGGCCGUCCUGGAGAAGUGUGGGGUCAUCCCUGAGGUCCAGGUCAUCGAUGGGAGCAAGGUGGGGGCUGGCACACUGGCCGCUGGCUACCAGAAUUUCAUCAUCUGCAUCGAGAUGCUGUUUGCCUCCAUUGCCCUACGCUAUGCUUUCACCUGCCAGGUGUACGCAGAGAAGAAAGAAAACUCACCAGCCCCCGAGGCACCCCUGCGCAGCAUCUCCAGUGGCCUCAAGGAGACCAUGAGCCCACAGGACAUCGUGCAGGACGCCGUCCACAACUUUUCACCUGCCUACCAGCACUAUACCCAGCAGGCCACGCACGAGGCCCCGAGCCCCGGCACCCACCCCGGUGUGGCAGGAGGCUCCGGCGGGGUCAGGAAGAGUCGGAAUGUGGAAAAGCGGAUGCUGAUCCCCUCGGAGGAGCUGUAGGAGGGCCACAGGUCACCGGUCACCUGGCUGCGACCAGGCUACCCGGGCCUCUGGGCAAGCACGGGGCCCCUCACCCAUCAGCCCUCUUGCCAAAGGUGAAGCCCCUUCUGGGAGCCCCUCUGCCAGGCCUGUGGGGCCACCUCCCAGCCUGCCUCCCACCAGAGGGCCUGUGGCCCCGGGAGGGGACAUCUGAGCUUGUCUGACGAACCUGGGACCCACUGGGCUCCCUUAGUCGUCCACUCGGGGGGCUGCUGAGAAGCGGGUGCCAGCAGGGCCCCGCCGGAUGGACAGGUUCCAGGCUGGGCCCCUGCAGGGAAGGAUGGCCUCGGGAGCACACGGCAGCCCACCCCGUGAACACAGGAGCCGCAGGCACACACAGGCGGUGGUGGCGGGGGCUCAGCUGGACCUUGCCAAGCUGCUGCACAUCCCCUCCAGCCGUGGAGACUCCUGAAAAGCCGCCACCGCAGCGUGCCUGACGAGGGUCCAGGAGGUGUCAGGGGCCACCUGCACAGAACUUCGCCCUGAGAAGCCUGUGGAGCACGUGGGGCUUGCAGAUGAAUCACACUUAUUUAUACAUAAA